GUAUCCAAUAAUGUAAUAUGUCUAAUUUGAAGAGUAUCCGUGCUUCCCAAUUUCAUAUUUACCAUCGGCUACCACCUUCACAGUAAUAACCAGUUCUUAGCUUGUAGCAUUUCAUCAUAACAUAGCUACCUAUAUGCUAGCUAGAAACCACAACUUAAUAAAACCAAAAAAAUCCAACAACAAAUGCAAAAUGAACAAAUACUAGUAACUCUUUCCUACUUCUAGUUCAAACUUGGACCUACUCAUUCAUCACAAUGACUACAAUGACGUUAACCCUACUUCUUCUUCUUCACAUAUUCUUCUCAUCAAGUGCUCAUUCCUCCAACCACCACAACCGCCGUAUCCUCCACCAACCACUGUCGUUUCCUUCUAUCUCUCUUCCACCAACACAACCGCCAUCUUCUUCACCACAAACUCAACCAAAACCACAACAAACACAACCCAAACUUCCAUUUUCCUCCAUCUCUUCAUCUUCACCACCACAAACACCAUUCUUCCCAUCUUACUAUUCACCACCACUCCCUCCUUCUCCACCUUUCCUCGCCACUUUCCCAGCCAACAUCUCCUCCUUACUCCUCCCACAACACCACACUCGAACACACAACCACCGCCACGCUGCUGCUAUUGUCAUCUCACUCUCUCUCCUCUCCCUCGUUAUCCUCUCUAUUUCCACUGUCUUCGCCUUCCACCGCCACCGUCACAGCCACAAAACUUCUUCCACCACCGUUAACGAUGAUAAUGCUUCAAGAUCAGAUAGUCUCCGUUUGUUCCCACCAAACACCGCUACUUCAGACUCCGUCGACCAAACAACCAACGACAAGUCAAGUUCUAUGUCGGAGUUAUUCAACCUUGGAACUAUAACAACUUUAGAUGACACAAAAGCAACAGCAGAGUCAAGCUGUAACGGUAACAGCAAUGACGGUUUCCCUCCGCCGUACCGGUAUGUUACAGACUCGCCGGAGUUACACCCUUUACCACCACUGCCACGUCACAAUGUCAGAACAUGGAAGAAUGAACCAAAGAAGAAAGAAGAAGAAGAAGAAGAAGAAGAAGAAGAAGAAAAAAAAGAAAAAGAAAGAGUACAUGAAGAGUUUUAUUCACCGAAAGGUUCUCCUUCUGGGAACAAACAACAACACAGUCCUUCUCUUUCUCCUUCUUCUUCCCCGGUUGUCACAGUUGCUGUUGCUGCUACAAGCUCACGUUCCUUCAACGUUUUUCACUAUGAUAAAUUUGGUAGUAAAAGCUUUACUUCAAGAACUGCUUCAUACCCUCUUUCCUACUCUCUCUCACGUUCUCCUUCACUUAAUCUUAGCCCUAUUGAAAGUGUGCAAUCUUUUCCUCCUAUAAACCCUGUUUCACCAUCUUUUUCUUCUGAAUCUUGUUCUCCUAUGCCGAUGGAAGAUUUUGGUUUGAAAUGGGAUGGUAAUGAUACUCAGGUGAGUAAAAUGGCUCCUCCUGUUCCCCCGCCGCUGCCGCCGAGGUUAUGGGAGACUCCGGUGGUGGUUUCUCAAGAUGGUAAUGGUGAUGUUAGUGUUGAGAAUGAAGAAAAUUUAAAGCCAAAGUUGAAGGCUUUGCAUUGGGAUAAAGUUAAGGCUAGCUCAGAUAGGGCCAUGGUUUGGGAUCAACUGAGACCAAGUUCUUUUCAAUUGAAUGAGGAUAUGAUUGAGUCACUAUUCAUGGCAAAUAAUUCCAAUUCUAGUGGAAAUUCUGCUUUGGCUUCUAAUCCUAAAGAUAAUGCUAGGCAUCAAAUAAUUCAUGCUUCUCCAAUGCCACCUGAAAAUAGGGUACUUGAUCCUAAGAAGUCUCAGAACAUUGCCAUUUUGCUUCGAGCACUGAAUGUAACAAUUGAUGAAGUUUGUGAAGCCCUCAGGGAAGGCAAUUGUGAUACAUUGGGAACAGAACUUCUUGAAAGUUUGUUAAAGAUGGCUCCUACUGAAGAGGAAAAAUCUAAGCUGAAGGAGUUUAAAGAUGAGUCGCCUUUCAAGCUAGGCCCAGCUGAGAAAUUUCUUAAAGUCAUGCUUGAUAUACCUUUUGCAUUCAAAAGAAUGGAUGCUAUGCUCUACAUUGCUAAUUUUGAUUCAGAAUUGGAAUACCUUAAGAAGUCCUUUGAUACUCUGAAGGUGGCUUGUGAGGAAUUAAAGAAUAGCAGAAUGUUUAUGAAGAUACUUGAGGCAGUUCUUAGAACAGGAAAUCGAAUGAACGUUGGCACCGACCGUGGUGACGCACAAGCAUUCAAACUGGACACACUUUUGAAGUUGGUUGAUAUCAAGGGAACUGAUGGAAAGACUACUCUUUUACAUUUCGUUGUGCAAGAAAUUGUCAGAACUGAGUGUUCUCAUGUAUCUCGUGCCAGUAAUCACUCCGUCAACAACCCUGAAUAUACUCUUCAAGACGAGGUUGACUCUAUGAAGCUUGGACUGCAAGUUGUAUCAGGUUUGAGUGGGGAACUCGCCAAUGUUAAAAAGGCAGCUGUUAUGGAUUCAGACGCACUGAGUAGUGAUGUUUCUAAACUUGCCAAAGGAAUCAAAAAGGUUGCGGAAGUGGUAAAAUUGAAUGAAGAAUCACCAUUGAAAGAAACUAACCAAAAAUUUUCUGAGGCAAUGAAAGGUUUCUUGGAGAGGGGAGAGGAAGAGAUUUCAAGAAUCAUGGCACAAGAGAAAAAUGCUCUCUCUUCUGUGAAGGAUAUAACCGAGUAUUUCCAUGGUAAUUCAGCAAAGGAAGAAGCUCAUCGUUUUAGGAUAUUCAUGGUUGUACGGGAUUUUCUUUCGAUACUAGAUGGUGUAUGCAAGCAAGUUGGGAAAGCAAACGAGAGGACUUUAGUUGGGUCGCGGCAAUAUGUGAUGCCUGCAGUCACUACAUUGACACCAAUUUUCCCUGAGUUUAAUGGUAAGCAAACAUCUGAUUCCUCAGAAUCUGAUUAGCUUACACCAUUGUUCAUUGAUGGGUUGGAUUUUAUCAUCUCUUCGAUGAUAAUGAGAAGCUCUUGCUAUCAUAGCACUGUCUUUGUACCUUAAGAAUUCUGUACAUGUUUAACUAUUAUAUAACAAGUUAAUUAGUACUUUUUUCUGUGCUCACUGCUCAGUUGGUUGCUUCUCUGCAUUGUAUUCAUAUGAAUGAUCAACCAAAAUUAUGGAAUUGUUUAUACUAAUCAUAAUGUAUUUCAA